CGCGAUUACUUUCAAGAGCAAAUUCUGGAACGCUAGAGGAGCAAAGGAUUUAACGACUGAUUCGUUUCUGUGCGACGAGAGGCAAAUCAACCAUUUAGGACACAAUGGAGCCGUCAAGCAGUCCGGCCAAGGAUAACUACAGGAUGAACCGUUACAAGAACAAAGCCCUGAACCCAGAGGAGAUGAGACGCAGGAGAGAGGAAGAGGGUAUCCAGCUCAGGAAACAAAAACGAGAACAGCAGCUCUUCAAGAGGAGAAAUGUGGACAUUCUCAAUGAAGAGGCAGCUAUGUUUGAGAGUCCACUGGUGGAUUCUUAUCUCACCUCCCCUGUAACAGAAGGAGUGAUCACCAGAGACAUGGUGGAGAUGCUUUUCUCAGAGGACCCUGAGCUCCAGCUCACCACAACACAAAAGUUUAGAAAACUACUUUCCAAAGAGCCCAAUCCACCAAUCGAUGAGGUCAUAAACACACCAGGGGUAGUGGAGAGGUUUGUAGAGUUCUUGAAGAAGAGCGUCAAUUGCACACUACAGUUUGAGGCAGCUUGGGCCCUUACCAACAUAGCAUCAGGCACAUCCAUGCAGACAAAGACUGUAAUUGAGGCUGGAGCAGUGCCUAUCUUCAUAGAACUUCUUAAUUCUGACUUUGAGGAUGUCCAGGAACAGGCUGUUUGGGCCUUAGGUAAUAUUGCAGGAGAUAGCGCUGUGUGCAGAGAUUAUGUGCUCAAUUGCAAUAUCCUCCCACCGCUAUUAAUGCUUCUGGCCAAAUCUACGAGACUGACCAUGACAAGGAAUGCAGUAUGGGCACUGUCUAACCUCUGUAGGGGAAAGAACCCUCCACCCGUCUUUGAAAAGGUGUCACCCUGUCUGCCAGUGCUGUCUAGACUUUUAUUUAGCAGUGACCCAGACUUGCUGGCAGAUGCCUGUUGGGCUCUUUCCUACCUCUCAGAUGGACCCAAUGACAAAAUCCAGGCAGUCAUUGACUCUGGUGUCUGCAGGCGCCUUGUAGAACUACUUAUGCACACCGACUUUAAGGUGGCCUCCCCGGCCUUGAGAGCUGUAGGAAACAUUGUCACUGGGGAUGACGUUCAAACACAGGUGGUGUUGAACUGCUCGGCCCUCCCCUGCCUGCUGCACCUCCUCAGCAGCGCUAAAGAGUCCAUUCGGAAAGAAGCAUGCUGGACCAUAUCCAAUAUCACAGCAGGAAACAGAGCGCAGAUACAGACGGUGAUUGAUGCCAACAUUUUCCCAGUGCUGAUUGAUAUCCUUCAAAAGGCCGAGUUUAGGACCAGGAAGGAAGCAGCGUGGGCCAUUACCAACGCCACCUCUGGGGGAACACCAGAGCAAAUCAGGUAUCUGGUGAACCUGGGCUGCAUCAAGCCUCUUUGUGACCUGUUGACAGUGAUGGACUCUAAGAUAGUGCAGGUGGCUCUGAACGGCCUUGAGAACAUCCUGCGGUUGGGAGAGCAGGAGGCCAAGCAGGAGAACAACGGCACUGGAGUCAAUCCCUACUGCAGCCUUAUUGAGGAGGCCUAUGGUCUAGACAAGAUUGAGUUCCUCCAGAGUCAUGAAAACCAGGAGAUCUACCAGAAAGCCUUUGACCUUAUUGAGCACUACUUUGGAGUGGAAGAAGAGGAUGCCAGCCUGGCACCGCAAGUGGAUCAGGCAAACCAGCAAUUUCUUUUCCCCCAGCAAGAGGCCCCUAUGGAGGGCUUCCAGCUAUAAAUCAGCUCUCCUUCCAAAAAUGCACCAUUUAUCCCUAUACCUUUCCAUACCAUGGAGGAUUUCCUGAUGCCUGAGUCAUGAAGUCCAUGCUCCCUACCCCUGACUGAUCUACCACUAUCUAUGCCUAAACACCCCCUGCUUCCAGUGGAGGGGAGCUUAAAUGGUGUACCCUUUCAUUCUAUCCUGCUCUCCAGCCUACAAGUGUGCCCCCAGCUAUUGUUCUGGCUUGUUGCUAGUGGUACAUCCCAUCGAUAUCCUGUAAAAGUGCUUCAUAUAGACAACCUGGCUGAGUGGAGAGAGGCAGACAAACUCAAUCUCCAACACGGUUAAUAGAGGAAGUAAUUGCCUCAACGCCCCAAAGUAUGAGUCUAUCCUGGCUUAAAACGCACACAGAGACAACUUUCUAACUAUCAGUUACCCCCCUGAGAUAUAUUUUGUUAGCAGGGGCAAAGGUCUUCUGGUUCAUAUCUUUUUAUAUUGAUUAUUACUCCGAGAUUAUUUUUUUCACCCUAACGGGACGUUCCCCUCUUGAGGAUUUCCCAUGCAUCAAGUCUGGGGUUGGGGUGUGCGUCAGAUGCAUGCUCCUUAUGUUGUCAUUCUGACAUAGUGCAAUUUAAAGAAAAUCAACUUGUAUUGAUUUUCAGUAUAUUUUUUAUCAAUCAUUACCCAACCCUUAUUUAUCUGCUCCUUUUUAGCAUCUCCCCCCAUCUGUUCCGGAAAGCACUCUCCCAAGAGGCCCUGUGAGCUCGAUAUCAAGGGCUGGGUUUCCUAAAAAAACAAGUAUAAGAACAAGAGGUGUUGCUGCACCUGGGAUGCAGUGGCAAUACUCGUCAUGGUGGCUUUCUAUUAGACGUGUGAGGCUCCACUAAGUUUUGGGGGCUGUCUAGAGCCCCAAGUCUGAUGCCCAAGCAAAGACACACUCAAAGCGGAGGAAAAGCGUGGUCUCCUUUACAUCAUAUUGUUCCCAUCU